UCAGUUAGUGACCGUCGUCCCGAUCAAUCAGGACGCCGGUCGGGACUCAGUUGCUCUGUUCUCUGUCUCCCCCCAGUGGACGCCUCGGCCUCGUCGGAGGACGAAGACGAAGAUGAUGAGUCCUCGUCGGAGGAAACCAAGCAGCCCAGUAGUCAGAAGCUGCUGCCCAUGUCCCCCCAGUGGGCUCACCCGGAGAAAAUGGAGAAGAAGCUCCACGCCGUCCCCGCCAGCAAGACGGUCAAGUUCCGAUGUCAGGCCAGCGGGAACCCGACGCCGACCCUGAAGUGGUUCAAGAACGGCAAGGAGUUCAAGAAAGACCAUCGCAUCGGAGGGUUCAAGGCGGGGCUGCCGGCCAAUCGGACGGUCCCGGUGGGCAGUGACGUGGAGUUUGAGUGUAAGGUUUUCAGCGACCCGCAGCCGCACAUCCAGUGGCUGAAGCACAUCAAGGUCAACGGGAGCCGCGUCGGCCCCGACGGUAUGCCCUACGUCCGAGUCCUCAAGACCGCUGGCCUUAACACCACCGACAAGGAAAUGGAAGUCCUCCAACUGAGGAACGUGUCUUUCGAAGACUCGGGGGAGUAUACCUGCUUGGCAGGGAAUUCUAUCGGGUUCUCGCAUCACUCUGCAUGGUUGAUCGUGUACGAAGGUACCAGUAGUUCUGUCACUUCCUGUCUAUCGUCCGACCUCCCCGACCUCGACUUCCGACCUCGCCUUAUC